UUGGUGCAGCCCAUGUCGUGUUCGGGAGACGGGCGAGCGGGGCGGGGCAAAAGGCUGGCUGGCGAGGUGGUGCUGUCAAAGCACAGGCGUUUCGGUCCAGCGCUUGCCGAAGAGAGCCCUUUCUACCCCCGCCCCGCGAGGCUCCCUCCCGUCGGGUCCCCGAGACGCUCACAGCCAUGGACGCCCACCGCUGGCUGCCGCUGGAGGCGAAUCCCGACGUCACCAACCAGGUGAGCAGCCUUUUCGUUUCCCUCAAACCCCAGUUUCUCAGACAGCUAGGUAUACAUCCUAGCUGGCAGUUUGUAGAUGUGUAUGGUAUGGAUGCAGAACUGCUUAGUAUGGUGCCAAGACCCGUGUGUGCUAUUCUUCUACUCUUUCCAGUUACAGAAAAGUAUGAAACUUUCCGAACAGAAGAGGAAAAGAGAAUAAGAGCUCAGGGUCAAGAAGUCAAACCAUCAGUAUAUUUCAUGAAACAAUCAAUCAGCAAUGCCUGUGGAACUAUUGGGCUCAUUCAUGCUAUUGCAAACAACAGAGAUAAAAUUAACUUUGAGGCAGACUCUUCACUAAAGAAGUUCCUAGAUCAUUCAACAGAUAUGAAUCCUGAAGAGAGGGCCAAAUACCUUGAAACCUACGAGGCUAUUCGUGUUACUCACGAAACCAGUGCCCACGAAGGCCAGACUGAGGCACCAAGUAUAGAUGAGAAAGUAGAUCUUCACUUCAUUGCGUUAGUAAAUGUUGAUGGCAAUCUCUACGAAUUGGAUGGACGGAAGCCUUUCCCGAUAAAUCAUGGUCAAUCAAACAGUGACACAUUUUUAGAGGAUGCCAUAGAAGUUUGCAAGAAAUUCAUGGAACGUGAUCCAGAUGAAUUACGAUUCAAUGCAAUUGCUUUAGCAGCUGCUUAAAUUAUUCUUAUAUGAUGGGCAAAAUAUGUGUUUCUUCUAUGUAUUACAAUAUAAAAUUCUUGUCAUAAAUCAGUGAUGAUCAAAUUUUGAUACUCUAGGUAACAUGUUAGUGCAUAUUAAACUUCAGAUUUGUCCUGUA